AUGCUGCCUCCCUCCCCGGCUGAAACGGUGGUCGAUCAUGAACCCCACAUUUAUUCUCGUACUCGCAGAAUCAUCUUACUGUUCCUGUUCUGUCUAGCUCAGUUCUUAGAUUCCUUCAAUAAUUCAGCUCUCUUCUCAGCGAUCCCUGCACUCGAGGUAUCCAUGGGCAUGACUGAAAGUCAGUCCACUUGGAUCAUCAGUGGAUUCCAAUUGACCUUCGCAUCUUUUCUGCUCAUCAGCGGCCGGAUUAGCGACGUAUACAACCCAAAAACUGCGUUCGUCGGGGGUGUAUCUGGUCUCGCUGUCAUCUCGCUGUGCGCUGGAUUUGUCAAUGAUACCAUUCCGCUCAUCGUUCUCAGAGCGUUGACUGGAAUAGCUUCUUCAAUGACGAUCCCCUCUGCCCUAACACUCCUGGUCAACGUAUUUCCCGAUCCGCUUGAACAAGCUCGCGCAAUAGGCCUAUUCGGAGGCUGCGGCUGCGUCGCUAACGUCCUUGGUCUCAUGAUUGGUGCAAUGUUCGUCGAAUGGACAUCUUACCAUUUCGUGUUCUGGUUUGUGACCAUCGUGGCUACGCCAGCCGCUCUGGCAUGUGUCUUCGUCAUACCGCCAGAAAUUUCAAAGACCAAAGGGAAUCUUGAGCCUGCAGCAGCGAAAUGGAAAAGUCUUGACUUACUCGGCAUAACCAUCCUGACUGCUGCCUUAAUUUUGUUCAUCUUCGCUGUGACAUCCGGAUCCACUGACGGCUGGGCAUCCGUCAUGGUGCUGGUCCCGCUGAUCAUUUCAAUCGUGAUGGUGAUCGGAUUUUUCUGCUGGGAAACAAUCAUACCUGUGGACACAGCUGCAAUACCACCUCGGACAUGGUUUUACCACAAUUUCUCCGUUCUUUUUGGCGUCGCGCUCUUCCCAUUCCUGUGGUGGAGCACAGUGUUCAGUAUUUUUACCACCCUGUGGCAAAACGUAUUUGAGUGGUCGGCGAUAUCAUCGGCUGUACACAUGCUCCCGAUCGGUGUCGCGGCCUUCGCAAUAAGUUUCACCGGACCACUUUCUCGCAUCUUUAGUCCGAAAUGGAUUAUUCUUACCGGCUUGUCCCUUUGCAUGGUCGCGACCGUAUUGCUGGCGCUUGGCGGGGGAAAGCCUGACGAAUAUUGGCCAUACAUAUUCCCAGCAUUUUUUGUAGGAAGCGCAGGGGCCAUGCUGACGUAUACGCACACAAACAUUGCUAUCUUUCAAGCCGCGCCUUCGUCCAUGGCAGGCACAGUUGGUGCCAUAUUUAACGGCGCUCUCCAAUUUGGAUCAGCAAUUGGCCUCGCUGGAGUCAGCUCGAUAGAGACAUCCGUGGAGGCCAGGCAUGGGGGCUCACAUGAGUAUAGCGGACGAGCCGCAACAUUUUGGUUCCUCUUUGCAAUUAUGUCUAUCGAAUUCAUUUCAGUAUCAAUAUUUUAUGACCGCAGUACGGACCACAAGCCCCAACCAAAACACGGCGACCCCGGAACUCCUGCUCGACGGAGCACGGACUCUGACGAAAAGAUUAACGACGCCAUAAUCGAAAAAGCUGACCUAGCAGAUCUGCCGGUGUAG